UAAUUAAAAAUCAGCCAGGCAUUUUUUAAACUUUUAAACUGCGGAAGAUGAAGGUCAGAGUAUGGGGCAACGUCAGUAACAGAAUUACAGGCUGUACAUCGUGGGCACAGCAACCCAACUCACAGGAAGCUGGCAGGAGGGGUGCUGGCAGAGGGGGAGCCGCCGCAAAGCUCUGCGGCAUCCAUUUGCCAUUUGGGAGUUGCUGGGCCGGCUGAACCUCAGCUGAGCCAGGAGCUGUGCACACGAACGGAGAAGAACAAGCCAGCUUUCACGAAUAUCCCUACUGAUUUGCCAGCCGGCGCUGCCUCUGUGUUCAUCUCCUUCGUCCGGGACUCUCAACCCAACAUGCGGUCCCCAUGGCAACAACGGCAAAAGAGGAGACGGCCCGAUUCUGGGACAAGAACACCCGGUCAAACCGCCCUCUGUCCCCUCAUAUCACCAUCUACAACUGGUCUCUGCCCAUGAUGAUGUCCAUUUCUCACCGUGGUACUGGCGUUGCAAUGAGCUUGGGGGUGUCGCUCUUUGGCAUAAGCGCUCUGGUCCUCCCGGGACACUUUGCUGACUACCUGGAACUGGUCAAGUCCCUUAGCCUGGGACCAGCUCUCAUCUACUCUGCGAAGUUUGCCUUGGCUUUUCCCUUGACCUUCCACACCUGGAAUGGAAUCCGGCACCUAGCAUGGGAUAUGGGGAAAGGGUUCAAGAUACCCCAGGUCUACCAGUCUGGAGUCCUCGUCCUCAUCCUGACAGUUUUGUCCUCCAUUGGGAUUGCAGCAAUGUGAAGUUGGGCAAGGGGUUCCCUCUUCUGCCCUCCCCAACCACCCCUGAAGUCCUGUUCCUCCCCCAUCUCUUGAACAGGUGCCGUGUAGGCAAGUGGGUCACAAAUCAGCCGCAUAGUUUCAUAGCAAAAGACCAUGAGGUGGUUCUUUUGUCCUCUCUCUGAUUAUUGUAGAACCAUCUCUCUACCCGAUUUUGUUUUUUAAAAAAUGUCCCGCGAGAUCACCAGCUGGAUGCGCGAGAACUCUCUAGAUGGCCAAGAAGAGCUGAAUCGCAAUUGGCUAAGAAGCUGACAUACCCACAAUGCACUGUAAAGCCACUGCUUUUCUCAGCUGUGUGAUUCUGUCCUUUUGCCUCUCUCUCCCGCCCCACCCCCCAAACGCUAGAGACAAUACCGGCCUUUAUACCUGACUGGGGGCUGAGGGAGCACCAUUAGCAGAGUGUGUGAGCAAGCGUGUGGGUAUAUUUGUCACAAGGACAAGGCUGCCCGUUGAUAGCGUGUCUUGCAGCAAGAGCAGCAAAUUCAGCUUAAGCCGCCCCCAGCGGCUGUUCUGCGCCUCACCCCCUUUAUCGCCAGAGUGGUGGUGUGGCGGUGUUGAGGCUUCGGGCCUGUAGCCCCAGGCUGCCCCUGCUGUCCUUUCCUGUUGCUGUGGCAACAGGCUGAAAUGGCGCAUUGCUUUCUUUGUAGGUGUGGGCCGCUGAGCUGCUCCACGCUGGCCAGGGGGAAAGGAAGUGAUGUCACCUUGGGUUAGGAUGGUGAGGCAUGCAGGUGUGGGGGAACCUUUGGCCGUCCACAUGUUGGUGAACUACAAUUCCCAUCAGCCCCAGCAAGCAUGGUCAACAGGCAAGGAUGAUGGGAGUUUUAGUUCAGCAAUAUCUGGAGGGCCUCAGGUUCCCCAUCCCGUUCUACUGGGUGGAAGAACUGUUUAAUAUCAACCUUUUUUCCCCCUUACUUGCUGUCCUUCCAAAUAGGCCCAAAUGGGGAACUUGAGGGCCUUUUUAUGGUGGUGGACUCCAGCUCCCAUCGUCUCUUACAGUUGGCCCUGCUUGCUGGGGCUUUUGGGAGCUGGAAUCCCAACAUCUGGAAGACCACAGGUUCUCCUGUCCCUGCUGCAGUGGAAUUACCCUCUCUUGCUCUGUAAAUAUAAGCCCACACUUUUACGAUCCUCUCUUGAAGCCAGACAGCUUCCACCUACCACCCACUAUGAAUGAAGCUGGGUCACCUCCUCGCCACAAAUGAAGAAACUUACCUCUGAGCGGUCAUAACCAUCACUUUGGUUUUAUAGUGUUUUCCUUACUUUCUACUACUAAUAAAUUGGCCCCAGCCUUUUGUGGGGCGGGUAAA